GCGUUGCUCUCCCCCAAAUUAACAAUUUGUGAAUCGUCAUCCCCAACUUCACGCCUAACCACCACCGACCGCCAAGAUGACGAAGGGUACCUCCAGCUUUGGUAAGCGUCACAACAAGACGCACACUCUCUGCCGACGAUGCGGCCGUCGUUCUCUGCACGUCCAGAAGCAUGAGUGUGCCUCUUGCGGAUACCCCGCCGCCAAGAUGCGAAAGUACAACUGGAGCGAGAAGGCCAAGCGGAGAAGGACUGUCGGCACUGGCCGCACCCGCUACCUCAAGGACGUUUCCCGACGAUUCAAGAACGGCUUCCAGACUGGCGCCCCCAAGAACGCCAGGGUUGGCAAGAAGACCGCUGAGCAGGAAUCUUAAGUGACAAUGGGUGUUUCGAGCUCUCUUUCUGCUGCUGCUGGUUUUUUUUUCUUCGUCGCUACACCGGAUUAUGCACAAAAGGGUAGAAGAGGAAGAGAGAGAAACGAGAAAAAAUAGAAGAACCAAAAAAAAUAAUCCGUCCACGAGGUUAAUGAAUCCUGGCGAAUCCUUUGCAUCUUCUCCUCUUCUCUUAUUUUUUACGAUACGUGGAAACCAAGUGAUGAGCGACGUUCCUGCCGGAUCAUUCUUUUUUUCAUCUUCUUUUUUUUGUUGUUGCUGCAUGGAUUCGAGUUGGGGUGGCGGUGGAUGUAAAUUUGGGCGAUUGAUCAAGGAAGGGGCUGGAGCAUGGGACAAAUGGUGUUUAUAAAACGGACCCCAAUUGCUUUUAUUUUCGCGCCGGUGGUUCCGUAAGGAUUCGGGCGUCGAAAGUCUGAAAUGGCAUCUUGAUUCUUCAUGUG